UAAAUAUUUUAUUUAGAAAUUAGUUUUUUGUACGAUAAUAUUAUUAUAAGAUAAAGUUUACUCUAUAUUUGACUUAAAUAUAAUUAUUAUUGUAAAUACGAUAUAGCAACAAGAAAUAUACAGUGUAAUUUAAUGAUGUUAAAAAAAUUUAAUUAUUUCUAUUAAAUGGUACAUAUUGUGAGGGUUAUUUAAAUAAAAUGUCUAAGCGGAAAGGAUUAACUCUUGAUGAAAAGCGUAUAAGAAUGCUUCAUUUAUUUUAUGAAAAAAAAGAAUUUUUUACUUUAAAAGAAUUAGAAAAAAUUGCACCUAAAGAAAAAGGCAUUAUUGCACAAUCGGUAAAAGAUGUACUUCAAACUCUAGUAGAUGAUGGAUUAGUUAGAUCAGAAAAGAUUGGUACUUCUGUAUAUUUUUGGACUUUUCCAGGAGAAAAUAUUACUGCAAUAGAACAAAGAAUAUCUGAAGCCUCAAAAAAAAUAGUAGAAGCAGAAUUUAAACUUCAAAAACUUAAAGAAGCUUGUGAAAAAGAAAAGAUAGGAAAAGAAGAUACAGAGGAAAGGCAAAUUUUAUUACACGAGUUAGAAGAAUUAAAAGCCAAAGAAGAUCAAUUGAAAAAACAAAUAACUAAAUUCAGUGAUGCUGAUCCAGAAGUUAUAGCUAAACUUGUAGAAAAAGCAAAGGAAUAUAGAGAAGCUACAAAUAAAUGGACGGAUAAUAUUUUUGCUAUUCAAAGUUGGUGUAAAAAUAAAUUUGACAUAUCCGAAGGAUAUCUUAAUAAACAAUUCAACAUUCCUGAUGAUUUAGAUUACAAAGAAUAGAAAUAUUUAAAAUUCUAUUUAAUUUUUUAUUUUAUAUACAUACCAUUCAACUAAAAUUCCUUUCGUGACAUUUACCAUGACUUCUUGUCUUUUACCUUUCACAGAAAAGAUCAAAUUCGUAUUUGUUUCAUAUUUAUAGUUCUCUCUGCAAUACCGCUUGCACGCGUGUAAAAAUCAUAGAAUACGUUCGACUAAAUCUCUAGAUAAGAAAACCAAUCUAAUUUAAAUUGUUCAUUUUAGUAUGUAUCAAUAAAAUUGUUAUUAAUGAAAUAUAAUGCAAUUAUAUAUAUUUUGUUUUUAUAUUGACAUUAUUUUUACAAAUUAUAAAAUAUAUAUAUAAAUAAAAAGAAUAAAAUUUUAAUUUUACAAUGAAUUUAUAAUAUUAUUUUAUCAUACGUAAUUCAAUAAAAUUAUAUAAUAUUAUAUAAGAAAAAAUAUGUUUUAUUUAAUUAAUUAUCAAACAUAAUAUAAUUUGUAAUUUAUAAAUAUAUAAAUUUUAAUAUUUAUCUAUGGUCAUUUAAAUAUAAUAAAAAUUAAUUUCAAUCAAAUUUAAAUUUUACACAAAUUAUUUAACCAAUCAAAGAAGAAUCUCUUAAAAUUUUAUUUAAGCGCCCUCUAGAGAAACAUUUCGAAUAUCCAUAAACUGUUGCAUCAGCUAUUAAAAUACGCUGAAUUCAUGCUCAGAGGAAAUCAGUGGUUAUACAUCGAUCGAAGCAUCUAUUCACGGUCAGGCUAUAAACGUCUGUAAAAUUUUCUCGCGCGAGUGUUAAUCACUUAAAGUAAG